UCUAGCACGCACCCAUCUUACUAGCCCUAAGCAAGCUAAGCUAGCUAGAGCGCCAGGAGGCAGCUAGCGAGCUAGCAGGUUAACUGCUCGAUCGGUGUCGUCGACGACCAUGGGCAGCGCUCCGGCCACCAUCGGCGAGAUCAGGCGUGCGCAGCGCGCGGACGGACCGGCUGCCGUGCUCGGCAUCGGCACGGCGAACCCGUCGACGUGCGUGGCCCAGGACGACUACCCCGACUACUACUUCCGCGUCACCAACAGCGAGCACCUCACCGACCUCAAGGCCAAGCUCACCAGGAUCUGCAAGAAGUCGGGCAUCAAGCAGCGCUUCAUGCACCUCGACGAGCAGCUGCUCGCCGCCAACCCGGACUUCACCGACCGCGCGUUGCCGUCCCUCGACGCCCGCGUGGACAUCGCCUCCGCCGCCGUCCCGGAGCUCGCCGCAUCCGCGGCGGCCAAGGCCAUCGCCGACUGGGGCCGCCCGGCCACCGACAUCACCCACCUCAUCUUCAGCACCUACUCCGGCGCUCGCGCCCCGAGCGCCGACCGCCGCCUCGCGUCGCUCCUGGGCCUCAGCCCCACGGUCUCCCGCACCAUGCUCAACCUCCACGGCUGCUACGGCGGCGGCAGGUCGCUCCAGCUCGCCAAGGAGCUCGCCGAGAACAACCGCGGCGCGCGCGUCCUCGUGGCCUGCUCCGAGAUCACGCUCAUCGCCUUCUACGGGCCGGAAAGUGGCUGCCCGGACACCAUCCUCGGUCAGGCUCUGUUCGGCGAUGGCGCCGGCGCCGUCAUCGUCGGCGCCGACCCCGUCAGCCCCGUGGAGCGCCCCCUGUUCGAGAUGGCCUUCGCCUCGCAGACCACCAUACCGGAAACCGAGGACGACAUCUCCAUGGAGAUCACCAAAGGCGGCAUGGCAUACCACAUCUCCAACCAGGUGACACGGUUGCUGGGGAGCAACGUUGAACGCUGCCUGAUCGACGCGUUCGACGCAAUUGGCGUCAGUGCCAAAUGGAACGACCUCUUCUGGGCGAUCCACCCCGGCGGCCGUGCCAUCCUGGACCGCAUCGAAGGAGUGCUCGGCCUCGACGACGGCAAGCUGGCGGCGAGCCGGCACGUGCUCAGCCAGUUCGGCAACAUGAGCGGCACCACGGUGAUCUUCGUGCUCGAUGAGCUCCGGCGCCGUCGGGCGGCCAAGCACGAGCAGGAAGGGGGAGCACCCGACGAGUGGGGAGUGGUGAUGGCGUUCGGGCCAGGAAUAACAAUCGAGACCAUGGUGCUGCACGCCCCUAGCAGCCUCGAGGGAAAUUAGCAAUUCAAACAUCAAGAGAAGUACGACUUCUAUGGAGUAAACAACACAAUAAAAACAUUUGCUAAAUAAAAUCUUAA